CGACGAGCAGCCAUCUGGACACGUCGAGGACGCCCUCUUAGUCAUAUCUAUGGCCUCCUUUGCCUUUGUCCCACGGUCUGUAAAGGGCAAAGCAAAGGCAAUUGAGUCUGUGGUCACCGCCAACGUCGCUUCAACAUCGACCGCGCCGUCUCACGUUCAACUAAAGCAGUCAAAGACGCCUCGUUUGGCUACUGUCAAUGCUGACGAUGUUCUUGCCCUGUUUUCUAUGGCACUAUCAUCAUAUUCUUUGUUUAUUGAACCUGCGACUCGACGACUUCUAGACCGAGAUGAAUACGUCCGACUGCAGGCCUUGAUCUCAUCGUCACCCUUGCUAUCCCACCUACCGCCCGGCAUCACCGAAGCUCAGAUAGUAUCUGCACUCCGUCAACUCCCUGCUGAUACUCGGCCGGAGAUGCGCAUUGGCCAACACGGCUACGAGGUCCAUUUCCCACGUCACGAGCUCCAACACCGUACGCACUCGAGUUGGGAGAGCAGCACCGUCUAUGUUGUGGGAGAAUCUCCCUGCAAGAGAGCGCACAUUAACGGGGGUACACAAGGCGCUGUCAGACCUCCUCGCAGAGCUAGACGCUGCAACACCUCCAUCGACAUCCACUAGCCCGAUAGAACCGGCAAUUCAGCACA